UCUCUCGUUCUUCCUCACCCACCAGACAUUCCCCCUCUUUACCCCCCCCCCUCGUCCCUUACCUCCUUCCCACCCCAGCGACAGCCUGAAUGGUGGUCUUGACUCUUGUCGCACACAAACAGAAACGGCGGAUCUCACCCGAACAAGAGAAGAAAACGAAGAAUAAGAAGAGACGGGGGGAGAGAGAGAGAGAAAGGAAGCAAGAGAAAGGCCAGGCGAGAGAGACGAGAACAAUAGCCAGACCAGAAGAUCAGAUCAGAUCAGAUCAGACCAGCAAGACCAGACCAGACCAGACAAGACAGCACCAACCAAACAACAGCUGCCUACUUCUUUUGUACCUUUUCUCUAUCUAUCUAUCUACUACCUUACCUGUCGUUCUUCUCAGCAAAAGCACAGCAAGGAUUCUCCACCCAGCUCUUUUCCAGCCCGGCCGGUGGAUCGGCCUGGUGGAUUGAUGACCAGAGGUUCUCCUCAAUUCUACUACCACCACGACGGCCACGCCAAACUAACUAUCCGUGUCCCCAUCUGCUUUCCCACCUCGCCUUUCCCUUUAUUAUUACUCUGAUCCUUCCCCUCGGUUCGGCCGUUCCAGCGCAACACACCUGCUGACCGCUCCGGCCAUACCCUUAACCUU